AUGAUUGGUUCUGGAGCAAUUCUACAAGACUCAAGUAUAGCUGGAAGUUUCAUAAUUCACAGCUAUGUCAGAUUCAUGACAAGUAAUAUCUACAUUGUUGUCACUCAGAAUGUAUUAUAUAGCAUAGUUGUAAGACAAAGACUGAAAGACGCAAUGAACGGAUUUUGAACAAUCGCUCAAUGGAUUGUCACCCUCUGUAUCAGUUUCCAUCUCACCUAUUCAGUCAACUUCAAAUUUGUGUUUGAAACACACACUCACACCGGCUUCCAACAACUCUUGUAUAUUUUGCUGUUCAUGUUCAUCCACUUGGUGCUUGUUACAGUUUUCAUUGCUCACCAGUCGUGGUUCUGAGGAGAAUAUUACUCGGAAAUAGAGCUGAGUUACCUCCAACUUGUAAAGAAGAUUCCUGACAACUUUUCUGGGCUUGAUAUUGAAAAUGGAAGAGUUCCUGACUGAGACUACUGUUUUAACAACUUAUUGGAGCCGAUGCUUGAAACUCCAAAUGAGAAGCAGAAGCAAACAAGUUUGUAUAGAAAGCUUUGAAAAUGAAGUCAGUCAUACAUUGAUCCAGGAUGUCCUCACAAGCUGCAUCUUGGCUGAUAUUUUAUCUGAAACACAGAUAUGAAUGGAAAUGAAGUAUUGUCAUUUCAUAAAUGCUGAGUGUGAAAUAAACAUAAUUUCAGAGUCUACUAG